CUUCCUUUGGAUUCAGUUCGAGAAAGCCUCAUCUCGCACUGAGACCCAAUUUUCGGACUGUUGACACAGUUUGUCUGACGUUUUCGUGCGAACAAACUUCAAUUGCGUUCCUGUCGCUAAUCAGUUAAUACCCCUAACCAUGUUAACGGCAAUUGUUGUGGGCGCAACCGGUAUCCUCGGCCGGGAGAUAGUCAAGCAGCUGUCUCAAAGCCCAGACAAAUGGAAGACCAUCUAUGCCCUCUCACGCAGCCAAAAGGACGAGCACCCCUCGCAGGUCGUGCACAAGCACAUUGACCUGCUGAGCUCCGCCGAUCAGAUGGCCAAGGACCUCGAGGGCAUUGAUGCCGAGUAUAUAUUCUUCGCGGCCUACCUCCAAAAGGACACUGAGCAGGAAAACUGGCAGGUGAACGGUGACAUGCUCCACAACUUCCUCCAUGCCAUCCCCCACACUAAAACCCGGCGCAUCCUCCUCGUAACCGGUUGCAAGCAAUACGGCGUGCACCUAGGCGAGGCCAAGAACCCGAUGCUCGAAACCGACCCCUGGCUGCGCUCCCACCAGUUCCCACCCAACUUCUACUAUCGCCAGCAGGAUAUCCUCAAGUCCUUCUGCUCGGAGCACAACAGCCAGCACAGCAACAAGAUCACCUGGACCGUCACCUACCCCAACGACGUGAUCGGCUUCGCGCAGGGUAAUUUCAUGAACCUGGCCACGGCCCUGGGGCUCUACGCGGCCGUGAGCAAGGAGCUCGGCCAGGACCUGGCCUUCCCUGGGUCCGCGACCUUUUACACCCGGUUCGACAGCUUCACGUCGUCCAAGCUGCAUGCCCGCUUCUGCGAAUGGGCCGUCACGGAGCCCAAGGCCGCGGACCAGGCCUUCAACGUCGUCAACGGCGACGUGCAGAGCUGGAUGGACAUGUGGCCCCGCCUGGCGAGGCGCUUCGGCAUGCGGGUCAAGCAGGACCAGUUUGUAGGCGAGACGGGACUGGAGGCCAGGACGGAGUUGGGGCCUACGCCGCCUCUGGGCGUGCUGGCCGAGGAGGCUGGGCUGGUGGGACGGGUCAAGGGGAGCGUCUUGGAGCAGAGGAUUAGUCUGGUCAAGUGGAGCCAGAAGAAGGAUGUUCACGAGGCGUGGGACAGGCUGGCGGAGCGGGAGGGCCUGCAGAAAGAUGCGUUUGGCAAGGCGACGUGGGCUUUUCUGGACUUCGUGCUGGGGCGGAACUAUGAUCUUGUCGUGAGUAUGAGCAAAGCGAGGGAGGCAGGGUGGACAGGAUACCAGGACACCUGGAAGGCGAUUUCGGAUGUCUUUGGCGAACUGGAGGCCGCCAAGGUGUUGCCGAAGAUUCACUAAUGGUGGUUCGAUGGCGGGCCGAAUGAUACAUGAGAUCUUAGCUCAGAUUCCAGUUUCUUCAGCAAUCUCAGUGUUUGAUAACUCGGAUCCCUUGGCAAUUCAAAAUUACCUCAUGACAGCUGAACUCGUCUCGGAACCGUAG